CUUCCCCAGCCACAGGCCUGAUCUUGCUAGGCAUCUUCCUUAACUCUCCCCGAACUUGUAUCUCUUUCUCUAAAUUCUCUUUAGGAACCCAGGCCCAGGACCCUAAGGUCUAACCUGGAUAUUUGCCUAGAGUGCUCCAGCCUGUUUUGGCGUCCCUGGAUGUUACCUUUCUCAUCCCUUCUGUCCCUUGCAGGGGCUGAGGCUGAGCUUGGGACAACUCUUUGUACCAGACAAACCACCAGGCCCUGUUUCCUUCCUCACAAACAGGGUUUCCAGUGUGUGAACCUGAUGUAAUCUCCAGUUUGGAGCAAGGGAAAGAAGCAUGGGUUUUUGACAUGCAAGAAGCUGAAGAGAGAGAGAUCAUGAGAGGGGACUGCUCAGGUUGUGAGACCAAGACUGAGAACGAGGAGCUGUUGAUAAAGCAGGAGAUUUCUGAAGAAGUGGAUUCCCAGAAUAUGAUACUGGAAAGAAUCAUAGGGGAUGUUCCCCAUAGCCCUAAAUAUAGAGAAGCCUGUGAAUCUGAAGACAGGUCAAACGAUGAUUUACAGUCUUCUACAGGUAAAUUCCUUUCUCACAAGAGACAGUUGAGGUCAAUGACAGUGAUGGAUCAAAAUCCACCUGAAGAAGAGAAAGACCAGAAAUAUAAUGAAUUUGGAAGAAACCUCAAUUUGAAUUCUAACCCUGUUAGAAUUUCCUCAAGAGAGAAACCCCAACAAUAUGAUAACAUGGAUCAAAAAUCCAAACAGAAUUCAGACCUAAUUAUGCAUCAGAAAAAUCAUACAGAAGGGAAAACCUAUAAACCUAGAAUAUAUGGAAAACAUUUAAGGCAGAGUUCAACUUACGUCAAGCGUCAGAGAAAACGCACAGAUAAAGUCUAUAAAUGUAAUGAAUGUGGGAAAGCCUUCAAACAGAGUUCAAGCCUCAUUAGACACCAGAGGAUUCACACAGGAGAAAAACCCUAUGAAUGUAAUGAAUGUGGAAAAACAUUCAUUGCAUCCUCGAAUCUUAUUCAGCAUCAGAGGGUUCAUACUGGAGAAAAACCAUAUGAGUGUAAUGAUUGUGGAAAAUCCUUCAGCCAGGGGUCAAGCCUAAUUCGCCAUCAGAGAAUUCACACUGGGGAAAAACCAUAUGAGUGUAGUGAAUGUGGGAAAGCUUUUAAUGUCUCCUCAAACCUAAUUCAACAUCAAAAAAUUCACACUGGAGAGAAACCCUAUUCAUGUAAGGAAUGUGGAAAAACUUUUAUCCUAAAUUCUUAUCUUAUUAAUCAUCAGAGAGUUCAUAGUGGAGACAAAUCCUUUGAGUGUAAUGAAUGUGGGAAAGCCUUCAGUGACCGUACAUCUCUUAUUUAUCACCAGAGAAUUCAUACUGGGGAGAAACCCUAUGAGUGUAACAAAUGUGGGAAAGCCUUCAGUUUGAGUUCAGGCCUCAUUAAACAUUUAAGAAUUCAUACAGGAGAAAAACCUUAUGAGUGUUAUGAAUGUGGGAAAAUCUUCAGGGCUUAUUCAAACCUUAUUCAGCAUCAGAGAAUUCACACAGGUGAGAAACCUUAUGAAUGUAAAGAAUGUGGAAAGACUUUCAUUCUGAGCUCAUACCUCAUUAGACAUCAGAAAAUUCAUAGUGGACAAAAACCCUUUCUGUGUAAAGAAUGUGGGAAAACAUUUAGUCAGAGCUCUAACCUAAUUGAUCAUCAAAGGACACACACUGGAGAAAAACCCUAUGAAUGUAAUGAAUGUGGGAAAGCAUUCAGUUUGAGUUCAAACCUCAUUAAACAUCAGAGAAUUCAUACUGGUGAAAAACCUUAUGAAUGCAAUGAAUGUGGGAAAGCCUUCAGUGAAAGUUCUAAUCUUAUAAAACACAAGAGAAUUCACACUGUAGAAAAACCCUAUGAAUGCAAGGAAUGUAAGAAAGCUUUCAGUCAGAGCUCACACCUUAUCAGACAUCAGAAAAUUCAUACUGGAUGGAAGCCUUAUGAGUGUAAUGAAUGUGGGAAAACUUUCAACCAGAACUCUAACCUUAUUAAGCAUCAGAGAAUUCACACUGGUGAGAAACCAUAUGAAUGUAAUGAAUGUGGGAAAUCUUUUAGUGUCCAUUCAUCUUUUAUUCGGCAUCUUAAAAUUCACACUGGUGAGAAACCCUAUGAGUGUAAUGAAUGUGGGAAAACAUUCAAUCAGAAUUCUAAUCUUACUAAACAUCAGCGAAUUCAUACUGGUGAAAAACCCUAUGAAUGUAAUGAAUGUGGAAAAACCUUCAACCAGAAUUCUAAUCUUACUAAACAUCAAAGAACUCAUACUGGUGAGAGGCCCUUUAAGUGUAAUGAAUGUGGAAAAGCCUUCAGUGUGAGUUCUAACCUUAUUAAACAUCACAAAAUUCACACUGGAAUAAAGCCCUAUGAAUGUAAUGAAUGUGGAAAAACUUUCAGUGAGAGCUCUAAUCUCAUUAAACAUCAGAGAAUUCAUACUGGGGAAAAAUUAUGA